UGUGAAAGAUCCCCACUAUAAUAAAAGAACACAAACUUGUACCUUUUUGUUUCACCUUCUAAACCCAAGUACAAACUCAACUCAUCUCUUCUUCUUUCCCUCCAAAUCCAAUCCAACAAACAAACAAACCAGAAUUGUUUUUCCUCAACAAAUCAUCCAUGUUCCUACAUCCAUUCAUUUCACUUGCUUCAUCAAUCUAAUUCCAGACAAAGAGUGAAGAAAGAUGAACGGGUCAGCUCACAAGAGAACAACAACAGGUUUACCAACCACCACCGCCAGAGGUGGCCGCCGCGGCCGUCAGAUCCAAAAAACCUUCAACAACGUCAAGAUCACCAUCCUCUGCGGCUUCGUCACCAUUCUCGUCCUACGUGGCACCAUCGGCGUCAACCUCAGCUCCUCCGACGCCGACGCCGUCAACCAGAACGUCAUCGAAGAAACCAACCGCAUCCUCGCCGAGAUCCGAUCCGACGCUGACCCUUCCGAUCCCGACGACGCCGCCGCCGCCGAAACGUUCUUCAGCCCCAACGCCACCUUCACCCUCGGCCCCAAAAUUACCGGUUGGGACCUUCAGCGCAAGGCGUGGCUCGAUCAGAAUCCUGAGUACCCAAAUUUUGUUAGAGGUAAAGCUCGAAUCUUACUCCUCACUGGGUCACCACCGAAGCCCUGUGAUAAUCCAAUUGGUGACCAUUACUUGUUGAAGUCCAUUAAGAACAAGAUUGAUUACUGUAGAUUACAUGGGAUUGAAAUUGUGUAUAAUUUGGCUCAUCUUGAUGUUGAGCUUGCUGGGUAUUGGGCUAAAUUGCCUAUGAUUAGGAGGUUGAUGCUGUCACACCCUGAGGUGGAGUGGAUUUGGUGGAUGGAUAGUGAUGCUUUUUUCACUGACAUGGUGUUUGAGCUUCCUUUGUCUAAGUAUGAUGACUAUAACUUGGUGCUUCAUGGGUACCCUGAUUUGUUGUUUGAGCAGAAGUCUUGGAUUGCUGUCAAUACUGGGAGCUUUCUUUUCAGGAAUUGCCAGUGGUCUUUGGAUUUGCUUGAUGCUUGGGCUCCAAUGGGUCCUAAAGGGCCGGUUCGUGAGGAGGCCGGGAAGGUCCUCACUGCGAAUCUCAAGGGGAGGCCGGCUUUCGAGGCGGAUGAUCAGUCUGCAUUGAUAUAUCUGUUGCUGUCCAAGAAGGAUAAGUGGAUGGAUAAGACGUUUCUUGAGAAUUCGUUCUAUUUGCACGGGUACUGGGCCGGGUUGGUCGAUCGGUACGAGGAGAUGAUCGAGAAGUAUCAUCCGGGGCUAGGGGACGAGAGGUGGCCGUUUGUGACACAUUUUGUGGGGUGCAAGCCCUGUGGGAGCUACGGAGAUUACCCUGUUGAGAAGUGCCUCAGUAGCAUGGAGAGGGCUUUCAAUUUUGCUGAUAAUCAGGUGCUCAAGCUCUACGGGUUCAGGCAUCGCGGUCUGUUAAGCCCUAAGAUCAAGAGAAUCAGAAAUGAGACAGUUACUCCUUUGGAGUUUGUAGACCAGUUUGAUAUUCGAAGGCAUUCUUCAGAAAGCAGAGGAUCAAAAAGCUAGUGAGAAAAAAAACUAGUUUAAUUGGCGAUAUCAUAUAUUGUAUUUAAUUAGAAGUUGAAUUUGAUUUAGUGACAGUUCACAUUGUAACUUUUGCUUCUUCUGUUAUCUUAGCACUUCCUUGAGAAUGUUAGGAUAGAAUUCUUUCAUUAGUUGUCUUCUUUCUGCCAUGUUUGAUUGAGCAAUCAGCAAACAAUUUUUUACAUGAACUUAAAUAUAGUUUCAUUCAUUUCCUCUUGAA